AUGCGACGAGGGACAUACGUUGGAAUUGGUCACGUUUCCACCCAUGCCCACGGUACUGGGUAUGGGGGAUACGGCCAUAGCGGAUACGGACACGGUGGAUACGGUGGAUACGGCGGAUACGGCGGAUACGGUGGAUACAGCGGAUACGGCGGUCAUGGAGGCUACGGCGCGUACGUGGAGCCGGCGUACGGACACGUGUGGGGACGCAGCUACGGAUACACCGUGCCCAUUUACGGAUACGGAUACGGCGGAGGAUACGGCGGAGGAUACGGAGGAUACGCCGGCGGGUAUGGCUACGGCGGGUACGGCCACUGA